ACGGCGCAAGAGUGAAGUGCGAAUUUACGCUACGCAACAUACGCACUUACACUGCCUGUGCUUGCAUGACGUAAGUUCCAAAGACUAGGAAGUGUGAUGUGGCUUUGACUUACAACAAAAUGUCGGCUAUUUUCAACUUCCAGUCACUGCUUACAGUGAUUCUGCUCCUGAUCUGCACCUGUGCCUACAUCAGAGCUCUUGCUCCCAGCUUGUUAGACAAGAACAAGACUGGGCUUUUAGGUAUUUUCUGGAAAUGUGCCAGAAUAGGAGAGAGAAAGAGCCCCUGGGUGGCCUGCUGCUGCAUCAUCAUGGCUUUCAGCAUACUCUUUCUCCAGUAGCAGUGUAUGGGUAAAACCACAAGUGAAGACAUGAACAAUAUCAUGCUGCAUCGCUGGAUCUCCUGGGGGAUGUCAUUUAGACUAUGUACAACAAAGACCUUUUACUGCUUACUGUAGUGGCUGAGGGAGAAAAGCCAUAGGUGGAGGGGUGAGGUGCAGCCCCACAAUGUGUCAGUUAAUCUCCACUGGUGUCCUUUGUGUUUGUUUGUGUGGACCAUUAACAUGAUCAAAUGAUUAAAUGUUUCUCUGAACAUUUCAGACAUGCUUGUCCUGCCCUAUGAAUGUAUCACAAUUGCAUUGGUUUUUAAAACAAUAAAUAAAUUCCCCUAAUUGAUAUCUG